AUGACCUGUCUUCAUAAAGCAAGUGUUGACUGUUAUUAUAAUUCCAUUUUGGUGGAGUUUAGUUUCUACCUUGUAUUCUUUGUGAAAUCUGGCACUGAAUUACACUUGCUCUGUUACUCACCUUCUCCGAAUAUUUACAUUUUAAAAAAUGUUGUAAGAGUGUAUUUUUAUUUCUGUGAGGUUUUGGUCUUUGGUCUCCUCGCCCCCGCUCUCCACUGCCCCCUCCGUCUCUGUCUCUCACCUUCUGUCUCCUCCCUUCGUCUCCUUCAUUUCCUUCUCCCUCUCUCUCUCUGUCUCUAUCUUGUUUGUGUUCUUAAAGUUUUUAUUUGGGUUGGAGAAUCUAAAUAUAGUUAA